ACAGCAUCCAGAAAUUAAACCCAGCCUUACUAUGCGUUUCACUCUGCUCGCAAUCUUCCUCUUCGGAGUGCUCCUGGCCGUCGUUUCCGCCGGCGGAAAUGGUGGUGGUGGCGGCGGUGGCUGGCAAAAGGGUGGUGGCGGCGGAGGAGGAGGUGGUUCCCAAGGAGGCUGGCAGAAGGGCGGCGGCGGAGGAGGUGGCCAAGGGGGCUGGCAGAAGGGCGGCGGCGGCGGAGGAGGCGGUGGAAAGCACGGCGGCGGUGGAAAUGGAGGUGGCGGCAAGCAUGGCGGCGGCGGAGGAGGAGGUGGUGGAAAGCACGGCGGCGGUUGGUAAAUCCCAAAAAUCCACCCACCAACGAACCACUGACCAAUCUCCGGCUCAAUACUCCAGCAACCAAGAUCUAAU